UUGUUGUCUAGGGUUUUUGGAAUUUAUUUUCAAUUGUUGCACUAUAAUUCAAGCAAGCUCUUCAUCAAUUCCAGGCACCUGUGCCCUUACAGAUUAGGUGGUGUGCUUUUCACCCAAGCUUGUUUCUCAAGUCGUGAGAUAUUAAGAGUUUGCAUUUGGGCUGAACUCUGUAUGCUUUUUUCUUUCACAAACCAGCUGCAAAUCCAAACAAUCUGGUGGCGAGUGUGUUUUUGGGUAUCUGCCAUUCCUGCUGCAGUACUUGCUGUUUUAAUGGAAUUCUGUGCAGAGAGUCCUCAUUGGCUUUUUAAGAGAGGAAGAAUUGCUGAAGCUGAGAUUGAAUUUGAGAAGCUUUUAGGAGGAUCACAUUUCAAAUCUGCAGUGUCAGAGUUGUCAAAAUCGGACAGAGGGGAUGAGGCAGAUGCUUUAAAAUUUUCAGAAUUAUUCUAUGGCCGCCACUUUAAAGUUGUUUUUAUUGGGUCUACCCUUUUUGCUUUGCAACAAUUAUCCGGUAUAAAUGCUGUGUUCUAUUUCUCUUCUGCCGUCUUUAGAAGUGUAGGAGUACCUUCAGACAUUGCAAACAUAUGUGUCGGAAUUGCAAAUUUAUCAGUUUAUUGGUGUGUUUUUGUUGGGACUUCUUGUAAAAGAAGGCCACCAGAUUUCUGCUACUUUGAAGACAUCGAUUGGUUAAUUCACUCUCUAUCAAGGUUUGUUAAGGGAACCAGACCAUAUAUGUUCCCUAUUCUGUGUUGGCUAGAACAUCUUGGGGGAGAGGUAUGCAUUAGAUGAUAUUGGUUCUGGAUC